AUGAAUGAUAAUGACUAUCAUGAUGUUGGAGUGGUUGGUCCAAGAUAUACUUGGUGCAAUAAUAAAGUGGGAAGUGGAAGAAUUCUUAAACGUUUUGAUAGUUGUUUGUUGAAUUCCAUGGCUCUUCAAAAUAUCCAAAUUGCGGUGGUAAGACACUUAGCCAGAGUGGCUUCAGACCACUUCCCUAUAGUGCUGAAACUAUUUGAAGUAUCAAUAAGAAUGAGAAGGUAUAUCAAGUUUGAAGAGGUUUGGUUAUCCUUUAAAAUAGCGGCACACAUAGUUUCUAAAGGAUGGAAGAAGAACUAUGUUGGAGAUGACAUGGAAGUCCUGAACAAGAAGUACAAGAGAAAUUUAAAUGAUUUGUUCUACUAUAGCAAGAACAAACUGAAAGACUUUUCAAGUGAAAAGGAGAGGUUGAAGGCUGAAAUAAUACUACUUCAGAAAGAAGAAGCUAGGAAUGGUUGGAUGGAUGAAGAAAAUUUAUGGUAG